AUGCAGCUAUUUCCUCUCGGUGUCCUAGCCGCCUCCCUCGCCUCUCUGGCAGGCGCAGUAUCCACGUUCUCCCCGGCAAGGCCUCCGGCAUUGCCUUUGGCGGUAAAGUCUCCUUACCUGAGCACAUGGCUCUCAGCAGGACGUGACGGUGGUAAUGGUGGCUAUCUGGCUGGCGAAUGGCCGACCUUCUGGGAGGGCCAGGUCAAUGGCUGGGCUGGGCUAAUCCGCGUCGAUGGCUCCGUCUAUACAUGGAUGGGGCUACCCGGUACGACGACUGCUAAUCAGACUAAGUAUGAGUACACCUCCACGAAGAGCAUCUUCACUUUCAAUGUUGGAGAUGCAGUGGAAAUGAAAGUGACAUUUUUGUCUCCCAUUACUCCCAAUGAUCUGCGCAGGCAGUCGCUGGUGUUCUCUUACCUCCAUGUGGAGAUUUCGUCAAUCGAUGGUGACUCCCACGACGUGCAAUUGUAUUCCGAUAUCGCGGCUGAAUGGGCGUCGGGAGACCGUGCUGCUGUCGCAGAAUGGGAUUACGGUGUCACCAACGAUGGUAUUGCAUAUCACAAGGUCCAUCGUCAAAACCAGCUUCUGUUCUCCGAAGCCAAGGAACAGGCCGAAUGGGGUAACUGGUACUGGGCAACCGAGGAUAACGAUAAUCUGACAUACCAGUCUGGCCCUGAUGUCGAUGUCCGAGGCGCAUUCUCGGCCAAUGGAGUCUUGAGCAACUCGCAAGAUGCAAACUAUCGAACUAUUUCGAAGAAUUGGCCAGUGUUCGGCUUUGCAGUGGACCUGGGUGACGUUGGCUCGUCUCCAGUGGAUACACUUUUUACCAUUGGCCUCGCCCAGACCGAAGCCAUCCAAUACAGCAGUCCCAAAGGCACUCAGGCAGUACCCUCCUUGUGGACAAGCUACUUUGAUGACGAUCUAGCGGCUCUCAAUUUCUUCCAUUACGACUAUUCAGAGGCAAAUGAAAUAUCCUCGGCUCUGGAUCAGAAGAUCGCGAGCGACUCCAUCCGGGCAGCUGGCCAGGACUACUUGACGAUUACGUCCCUUAGUGCUCGCCAGGCCUUUGCUGCAACACAGCUGGCUGGUACAAGUGAGAAUCCAUAUCUCUUCAUGAAGGAGAUCUCAUCCAAUGGCAACAUGAACACGGUGGACGUCAUCUUCCCUGCUCACCCCGUCUUCCUGUAUACCAACCCAGAGCUACUGCGACUCCUGAUGAAGCCUCACUUCGAACUUCAAGAGUCCGGUCAGUACCCCAACGCAUACGCCAUGCACGAUAUUGGAACCCACUAUCCAAAUGCUACUGGCCAUCCUCAGGGCAACGAUGAACCAAUGCCGUUGGAAGAGUGCGGCAACAUGGUGAUCAUGGCUCUCGCGUACGCGCUCAAAUCAAAGAACAAGAAAUAUCUUUCAGAUCACUACUCCAUGCUGGAGCAAUGGGCGACAUACCUUGUUGAUGACGCUAUCUACCCAGCAAACCAGAUCUCGACGGAUGACUUUGCUGGUCCCUUGGCGAACCAAACAAAUCUGGCUCUGAAAGGAAUGAUUGGUAUCGAGGCCAUGGCAGCCAUCAGCAAUCUCACCGGUCAUGCUGAUGCGGCUGCUAAUCGAUCCGCCAUUGCCCGCGAUUAUAUCAAUAGAUGGCAAUAUUUAGGCGUUGCACACGAUGCAAAUCCUCCACAUACAACAUUGUCAUAUGGUUCAAAUGAGUCUCAUGGUCUUUUAUACAACCUCUUUGCUGAUCGUGAAUUGGGCUUGAACCUGGUCCCUCAAAGUGUCUAUGACAUGCAGAGCGAGUUUUACCCAACUGUCAAGCAAAAGUAUGGUGUUCCGCUAGAUACACGACACCAAUAUACCAAAGGUGAUUGGGAGCUGUUCGCAGCAGCCGUUGCCUCACCGAGUACACGAGACAUGUUCAUCCAGUUGCUUGCUAAAUGGAUCAAUGAAACGCCUACAAACCGCGCCCUGACUGACCUUUAUGAUACAGUUAGCGGAGACUAUCCCGGGAAUGUCUUCAUCGCGCGACCCGUCAUGGGGGGCGCUUUUGCCCUACUGCUGUUGGCGGAAGGUCUUUGA